UUUAGAUAUUUUAGUUUUCAAACUAAAUAAUAAGUAUGAAAAUAUGAUGAUAUAGAUAUACAUACAUACUUGAUCGUGCUUCAAAAGCAAAGCAAAAGAAGCCUCUUUCUCUCUCUCUCUUAACCUCUCGUUUCACCGUCACACCAUUAUCUCUUACACUGUUACUCUCUCUGUCUCUCUCUCUCUCUCUCUCCCCUUCUGCAUCUUGACAUCAUCCUUUUCCAUGGCCGAUGCAUACGAGCCUUACCAUGUUCUUCAACAAAGCCGGAGAGAUAAGCUCCGGAUUCCUUCUCUCGAUUCCCACUUUCACUUUCACCACCCUCCUCCUUCUUCUUCCGGCGGUGGUGGCGGCGUGUUUUCUCCUCUCGCCGACUCUGAUUUCCUCGCUGCCGGUGGAUUUCACUCGAACAACAAUAGCAAUCACAUAUCCAACCCUAGCUACAGUAAUUUCAUGGGAUUUCUCGGUGGCCCAUCCUCCUCCUCAUCCACUGCAGUCGCCGUCGCCGGAGAUCAUUCAUUUAACGCUGGACUAUCUUCCGGAGACGUUCUCGUCUUCAAACCCGAGCCUUUGUCCCUGUCUUUGUCCUCUCACCCUAGACUCGCUUACGAUCUAGCUGUUCCCAGCGUUGUUAACUCCGGAUUCUGCAGAUCCGCGGCUGAAGCCGCCGCCGCAGCUGUCACCGUCGCGUCGAGAAGCUCUGGUCCUCUUGGACCGUUUACUGGCUACGCAUCGAUUCUCAAAGGAUCGAGGUUCUUGAAACCAGCACAGAUGCUUCUUGAUGAGUUUUGUAAUGUGGGUCGUGGGAUUUACACCGACAAAGUCAUCGACGACGACGAUUCGUCUUUGCUUUUUGAUCCGACGAUUGAGAAUUUCUGUGGCGUUUCUGACGCCGGCGGAGGAGAAAAUGGCAAGAAAAAAUCAAAACUAAUCUCCAUGCUCGACGAGGUUUACAAGAGGUAUAAGCAAUACUAUGAGCAGCUCCAAGCUGUGAUGGGCUCAUUCGAAUGUGUUGCGGGUCUCGGGCACGCAGCUCCUUACGCAAGUUUAGCCUUAAAGGCACUGUCUAAGCAUUUCAAAUGUUUGAAGAAUGCUAUAACGGACCAGCUUCAAUUUAGCACAAAUAACAAGAUACAACAGCAACAACAAUGUGGUCAUGUGAUGAACUCUGAGAAUAAGACCGAUUCUUUGAGAUUCGGAGGAAGUGAUAGUAGUAGAGGAGGUUUGUGUUCUGCAGGUCAAAGACAUGGAUUUCCUGAUCACCAUGCUCCUGUCUGGAGACCGCACCGUGGCCUACCCGAACGUGCUGUUACCGUUCUGAGGGCUUGGCUCUUCGAUCAUUUCUUGCAUCCUUAUCCAACUGAUACAGACAAGCUCAUGUUGGCUAAACAGACAGGUCUCUCCAGAAAUCAGGUAUCGAAUUGGUUUAUAAACGCACGAGUUAGGGUUUGGAAACCAAUGGUGGAAGAGAUUCACAUGCUGGAGACUAGACAAUCGCAGAGAUCAUCUUCUUCUUCUUGGAGAGACGAACGUAGCACCACCACCAUCUUCCCCGAUAACAACAACAACAACAACAACCCAUCUUCCUCCACGGCGCAACAGAGGGCUAACAACAACUCAUCUCCCGCUAGACGAGCUCGAGACGACGACGUUCAUGGCACCACCACCAACAACAGCAAUAACAAUAGCAUUCUUAACGCUGGAAACGGCGGGAGCGGUGCGGUUAGCUUCCCGUACGGUAUUGGAGGAGUGACGUUGACGUUAGGGCUUCAUAAUCAGAUUGGGUUGCCGGAGCCUUUUCCGAUGACAACUGCUCAGAGGUUUGGACUUGAGGGUGACAGUAGUGGUGGCGGUGGAGGAGGAGGGGAGUCCUACGGUGGUGGUGGCGGUGGCUAUGAAGGGCAAAAUCGUCAGUUUGGGAGAGAUUUUAUUGGAGGUAGUAAUCAUCAGUUUCUACAUGAUUUUGUAGGAUGAGAUUGUUUGUGGGAAGGAGAAAAUAUGUUUGACGUUGUUCUAUGAGAUAUUGGAAUUGUAAUGCAAAUGAUGUGUAUAUUAGCAUGUUUUUCAAUUUUUUUUGUUUGUUUCCUUUUGAAAAUGGAAUCUAUCUUAGGAAUGAAAUUGAAAAGAAACUGAAUGUUAAUCAUUGUCCAUGCUAGACAAUUUCGUAUCAAACCUAGUAUUUUGGUGUUGG